GAACGGCAAGAACACAAGGAACGGCAAGAACGCAAGGAACGGCAAGAACGCAAGGAACAACAAGAACGCAAGGAACGGCAAGAACCGGCAAGAACGCAAGGAACGGCAACAACGCAAGGAACGGCAAGAACGCAAGGAACGGCAACAACGCAAGGAACGGCAACAACGCAAGGAACGGCAACAACGCAAGGAACGGCAAGAACCAGCAAGAACGCAAGGAACGGCAAGAAUGCAAGGAACGACAGGGACACUAAGAACGGCAGGAACUUUAGGAACAGAAAAAGAACGCCAAGGAUGCUAAGAACGCCAAGGAUGCUAAGAACGGCAGAAACACCAAGAAUGCUAGGAAUGGCAGGAACACUAUGA